AUGUCCUCCGAAUCAACCGCACAGACCUUCUACGACCUCAAAGCUGAGCUCCCAGGUGGAAGUGUGUACGACUUUGAGCAGUUGAGGGGGAAAGUGGUUCUUGUGGUGAACGUUGCUUCCGAGUGUGGAUUCACUCCGCAGUAUAAGGGCCUGCAAGCCCUCUAUGACAAGUACAAGGAUCGAGGAUUCGUCAUCCUCGGAUUCCCCUGCAACCAGUUCGGUGGCCAAGAACCUGGAGAUGAUGCAUCCAUCGCAUCUUCUUGCGAGCUAAAUCACGGCGUCUCUUUCCCUCUCAUGAAGAAAUCAGACGUGAACGGGAACAAUACUAAUCCCGUCUACAAGUGGCUCAAGAACGAGAAGGCUGGUAUUCUUGGACUAACACGUAUCAAGUGGAACUUCGAGAAGUUUUUAGUUGACAAGAAUGGGAAUGUCGUGAACCGAUGGGCUUCAACGACAACGCCAGAAGCCGUUAGCCCCUAUGUGGAGAAACUCCUUUCGGAUUGA